UGGCACUGUGCAGGUAUUUGUCCUACUUUACUUUGGGUGUGAUCAAGGGCUGAAACAGUAGAACAGAACCCGCCUGGCAGCAUUCAUUCACGGCUGUGGAUAGGGGCAAUAAUCCGCAGUCGCACCAGCCGCUCCAGCAGUGCCCGAUGCGCGUGGGUCGGGCUGUCUGUCUCGGUCUAGUCUACUGUUUGUCUGCAGCUCAGGUUGGAUCACGGAGGGCUUCCUGCGGCAUCAAUCUGCCUCUAACACACAAGCGGCGGGCUGACACUGCGGGUGACUGAAGCUGUGCUCUCUCUCGCUCAGGACCACACCCCCUGCCCCUCCCCUCAGCAGACUUCUCCCCCUCCUCUUGCCUCAUGGCUGUGUGACCAGACAGGGCUCACCGUGGCCCAUGCGUUGGACCCGUUUCCCUCCCUGUCCUCCUGCUCCCUCAAGCUGACGCAGAACCCCAGGCACCUCCCUCCCCUCCCCCACCCCAUCUCCCACCCGGUCCCCAGUGACUCCCCCCCUCCUCCGCCCACGCCGCACGCUGCUAUGGCCCCUGGCACGGAGACGGUCCACUACAUCCACCUGCACAACUCCAGCCAGUCUGUUUUGGAAGCUCUGCGCACCCAGAGAAGAGAAGGCCUAUUCUGCGACGUCACUGUACGCAUCCACGACUCUUCUCUCCGGGCCCACGCCUGUGUCCUAGCCGCUGGCAGUCCAUUUUUCCAAGAUAAACUGCUCCUGGGCCACUCUGAAAUCUCCGUCCCGCCACUAGUGCCCGCUGAAACGGUCAAACAGCUCGUGGAUUUUAUGUACAGCGGUUCCCUGGUCGUGCUCCAAUCUCAGGCUCUGUGCAUCCUCACCGCAGCCAGCAUCUUACAAAUCAAAACGGUGAUUGACGAGUGCACGCAGAUCAUUUCACAAAGGAAAGCCGCGGCAGGGGCAGCAGCAGCAGCGGCGGCAGCAGCAGCCAGUGGGGGCGCUAUGCUCGGAGGUAUCCUGCCCAAACAAGAAGACCGCGGAGGGGGUAAAGGCCGCGACAGCAGUGGGAGUUGUUCUGGUAAUCCGGGCGGGUAUCCAAACUUCUCCAACUUCAUGGCCGAUUGUGCGAGUAACAUGUCGGGAAUGGGAAAUGGCGUGAAUGUUGCAGAGAGCGGAGGGAUGGAGCAGCAGAACGCAGUGAGUCUGAUGGGGCUCGGAGACAUGGGGCCCGGAGGCAUGUGCGGAGGAGACGGACUCGGGUCAGGACAAAUGCUGAUGAAGCAGAGCCCAACCUGCACUCAGGAUGUCCGGUACAAGCUGCGUGACCUGUUAGCACAGACGGCUAACGGUGCUAGCGGGGGGAGCACUGGAAACCUUUCGGGUGGCUGCAGCUCCGGGGUGGGCAGCGUGGACAGCAUCAGCCGGGACAGUCUCCGCGGCAACGACCUCUCUGAUGACCUGGUGGGCAUGGACCGCUACAGCGAGGAGGAGGAGCUGGACCGCGAGCGCAGGGGAGAUAGGGGGGCCGGGCACAGUCGCAAGCAGAGGCAGCCGCUCCGACUUCAGGUGCUGGGGGGAGAAGGCGUGGUGGUGAAGGAUGAGGGGGUCCAGGACACUGAUGGGUCGGUGUAUGCACUGGAGGACGGACGGAGAGAGGGAGACCACCAGGAUGCACAAGAGACCAUGGCAGGAUUCGGACAGGAUUUCUAUGAUGAACAGGGCGUCUUUUCAGAGAGUUUUUGGCCUCAAAGUGAACCAGCUCAGCCCAUGCAGUUUAACCCUAGGGGGCGUGUCAACAAGCCCCUGACUCCGCCUCCAACCUCACAGUCCAUGACCAACCCGCUCUUGUUCCAGUACCCAGUGAGCCAAUCGCAGCCCGCUCCAUAUUUCGUGGGAGGACCAAUGACGGGGAUGGACAACAUGGCCGGGGCAGAGCCUAAUCAACAGGCCCCGCCUCCCACUCAGAUGCCACCGGUCCCUCCCCCUUCCACCUCAUCCUGUUCAGCGGGGCCCUCUCCCUCAUCGCAGGGAUCGGAAACCUCAUUCGACUGCACGCACUGUGGCAAAUCUCUGCGCUCCCGGAAAAACUACAGCAAGCACAUGUUCAUCCACUCCGGUCAGAAACCUCACCAGUGCUCCAUCUGCUGGCGGUCCUUCUCACUGCGCGACUACCUCCUCAAACACAUGGUGGUGCACACAGGUGUCAGGGCGUUCCAGUGCUCCAUGUGUGGCAAACGCUUCACUCAGAAGAGCUCCCUGAACGUGCACAUGCGCACGCACCGAGCAGAGCGCACCUUCCAAUGUAACGUGUGCCACCGCGCCUUCACUCACCGCACCCUCCUGGAGCGCCACGCCCUGCAGCAUGCGCACCACAGCGCCCCCCAGGCCCCGGGACGAGACAUGACCUCACCAAGCACCAAGCACAGUCCCCCGGCACUGGGCGGGCCCUCAGGUAUGGCCCCGAACCAGGGCAUGGUCGGAGGCAUGGCCAACAUGCCCAGCCACGGGGCGCCCACCUCUUAGGCACAGGAUGUGAUCACACAUGGGAGGGAGGGGGAAUGUAGACAUAUUUAGCCCAAAACAAGAGCCAUGAAAGAGAGUAAGGACAAUGCAAGUUCUCUGCUGCUCUCAAUAGUUUCAAGUGUCAUGUCCCUGAAAAUGAAGAUUAUGCUAUGAUCUAUAGUAAAUUAAAUAAUAGACUGAGCAGUCAGACCCAUUCGCUUUAUGAAGUGAAUUAUAAGAAAAUACACAAAAUUUUAAUGUGAAGAAUUGAAUGUUUUUGAUUGGCAGGUAUGACCAAAAAGUAAUUACAGACAAUAAGUCUUGCCAGCAAUUGCACUUAGAUUUAGAUUUUUCUCUAUAGGCAAAGCUUAUAGUUCCCAAAGCAUUUCACAUGUAGCAGUCAUUGGUUGUUGCCAAAAUGAGAGAACCUAUGGGCAUCAAAACUUGCAAAACUCUCUUUCAACAGCUCUUAUAAGAAUUUAGUUAAAUACACAGAUAUCAUUGAAUCACCACAUUGGGCAGGUCAACACAAUGUAAUAAUGUUUAAUGACAACUUUUGUGAAAAAUUUGAAAUCUCAUGAUGUGUAUGUACCACUGCCAAUAUUAUUUGACUGCACAGUUGACCUGUCCAAUAUGGCACCCACGUAAAGUACACUUAAGAAACUGUUAGUCAAAUUCAGCCUCAUUCUUGUGGUGGGAACAGCUAAAGACACAUUUCAGGGUUCCUACAAACAGGCAACAUGUACAUUUAUAGGAUCUUAAAUAGGAAAUUGCACAAGACAUUUGGGAAGAAACCCCUAGAAAAAAAUUCAUCUUCAGGUCUGUGUCCAUUUUGACAUACUUCAUUGCUUCAGUGAAAAAGGAUUUAAAACACUUUAUUUGUUACAAGCACUAUUUUAUGUGCAGUGACCCAAAGAACAUUUUAGCAGUUGUAAUGCUGCUAGUCUAACUGGCACUUUUUCCAAAUGAGGUGAGCUGAAAGCUGUCAAAGUAGAUUAAGAAUGAUGUAGCAAUUAGCAUGUUUUUAUCAAUUUGAUAAUUAGGUGUUUUCAAUUUAAUAGUAUAUUGCACUGAAACUAGAAUAUAAAUGUUGUAGCCUUUAAAUCUGUCAAUCGCAUCAAUUUGACCAUUUCUUAGUUAAAUGUAAUUUAUUACAGAUUGUGAAAUAGCAAGUAAACAUAUUUGGAUUUUUACACUAUUCCAAAUUACAUUGAUAUUGUAUUACAUUAGAAUGGAUUUUGGUUGUUUCUUUUGUCUAAGAUGGAAAGCUGCCUCUAGCCACACAUUAUAUAUUUUUUUAAUUUACAGGUAGCAUAAUAUAGCUGGUGGUAUAUUGGCUCAAAAAAUAAAGUCCUCCAUGUAAAAUUACAUAGAUAUUCAUAGAUACUUCCUUGCUGCAUGUGCAAAGCUUUCAUUUUAACUAUAGCCUUCUAUACAUUUUACUGCAGUCACAGUGGUGCCGAGUUGUCAUGGAAACCAUACUGUAAGGAAAAUGUUCACUUUUUUGCACGGACUGCAUAUAUCCCAGCACUUUUCCCCUAAAGAAGGAACUGAAAAACUCAACAUGGACACGGACCUUGUUUUUUAAGAUGUAAAUUGUAGUUUUAAAAGAAAAAAAAACGUAGCUGUCAUUGCUCUGUGUUGUGACAUUAAUGCUGUAAUCAUCGCUAACAAUCAUUAAUGCUAAACAGCCAUAGAACAUAGGCUAUAUAAACAAAAUAGCCAAAUAUAAUAGUUUUUUUUUUUUGCGAAGGUUAAGAGUAGGAACCCUGUUUAAGACACCUGGAGUCACCAAAGAGGUUAGCAACAUAAAGCAGUCACGAAAAGGGUUAGCAUAAUGGGGUGGGAGGGGGCAAUGCUAAAUUCACUUCAUUCACAAAUUAUUCAACAUAUUCAGGAUCAAAACACCAAAAAAUACAAGUAAAAUUGUUUCUCUUUCUCUCUCUUUUUAUAUCACAUAAACUUGCUAAUUCAUUAUAAUGUGCCUCACUUAGUGCUGUGAUGGAGCAUGACUGAAACCCCACACAAGUAAAAGACUAUUUAGAACAGAUUGACUUGGUCGAUAGGCAUUGAAAUUUUUACAUGGAAAAAAAAUAUUUGAUUUGGAUAAUACGGAUUAGUAGAUAAGGAGUGGGUUAUCUGAAACUUUGUAGUGACUGGACAGUCUAAUCUGACAUACAUAGUAGCUUUUGUUAAUGUUUUAAUAGUUUUACGUGCAUUUCACAGCCACAUCUACUUUGUACGCCCCAUAUAAUACAUGUCCAGGGACAAAGUACUAUUGCAACUAACCAAGGCAUUAGGUAUGGAAAUAGGGUAUACUAGAUCUAUUAUUAAUCUGGUUAAAUGUGAAAUAGCCCGAGCAGCUAGCAUUUCUGACAGCUGUCACAUAGAAGCCCAUUAACUGUAGUAAUAAUGGCACACAGGUAACGUUAGCAUUAGCGCUACACUGUGGGGAUCGUGUUUGAUCUACAGAAACCUGUCAAUCAAAGUAUAAUGUGACUCGAGAGAAACUAAAUUAAAAAUUCACAUAAAGUGACAAAUUUUAAGGAAAAACAAAAUGUACUUGGUCUCCUCUGCACGGGUAUUUUCUACAGUUUUAUAAGCAGUUUUUUCUUUGGAUCGCACAUUCUACUGUUAUCCAACCAUUACCUCUUUUAACAUAAGCUGAACUCUUGUGCAAUAUUUUAACUGUGGCCAAAACAGUGUUGGUGCUAAUACUAUUAAAUAAAGGACCUGCAUGUACACAUAUAUAGACCAGCCAUAUCAUUAUGACCAGUAUAAAUCUCAGGCUAAAAUAUAGUAUAGUAUAUAUAUAUUCAUGGGUUUCAAUUUCCUCUUGCGGGUACCAUUUUAAGGACUCUUGACCAUUCAAAGAAAGAAUAUUUAGCUAGCAACAGUCCUGACUUUUCAUCGCGCUGAAAGCCAUGGUUAAUCAGAUAAGCUAUAAUAGAUCACCUAUAGAUAUUUAUAUUGCUGGAUACUUUGUAGAGUUGCAUUUUUAAUUCAGUAUUUUUUAACAAAAUCUUUCAAGUAAAAAUUUCCAAACUUCCUGAAGAAUAGGUUACAUGACCAUGGUGUAGAAAAGGUUGCCAUAUUUUCAGAUGGAGGACAGAAACUUAUAUAACUCUAUAGGCGAUUUACAGCUUUUGAAAGAAAUACCCAAACUUAUCUGUCACAAACCAUAGGCCUAUUCAUUUUGCCAUAUUAAUCUUAUGGCAUAAAGGGCAUAAAGUAAUGAAUUUGAUACCAAUCAUUCUUCUGUGAUUGAAUAAUACCACCACUUCUAGAGGCUAUUGUGAAAACACAAUUUCACUUGAAUUAAUUUGUUUUGAUAGAGAAAACGUUGAACUGUAUACCAGUAUUUCUUUCAUGUGGAUAAGUCCAGUAGAAACAGAGAUAUUAACCAUAAGCCAGGACAAAAAUAUCUUAAUUUUGUCUAAAGGCAAAUACUACCAUAGAAAUCUGACCUGACACAUCGUGGUUUAAUUUUUUGGUGCAUAGUUGUAGAUUAAAAAUGCAAUGUUUUUCUUAACCCUACGAGAGAUUAUUAUCCUGUGAAGUUUUAUCAAGAGUUUAAUCUGAAUUUAUGUCAAAUCUAUGAGAAAAAAAAUUAUACAGAAAUGUAUAUAGGUGAAUUUAUAUGAAUGGAAAGGAUAUGGUUAAAGUUAAAUAGAUGCUUCUUUGAUUGAAUUUUAAGUUUAAGCAAUAGCCACCAAGCAACAAGUUAAUUACACUUUAAUUAAUUACACUUUAAGUUAUGGUUUUGGGCACCAAUUGAAUAUGUGUUUAAUAUAGUAGAUUAAUUAAACACAAAGAAUUCAAAAAAAGUAAUUUAAGUAUUGUACAAAUUGUUUUAAGUCAGAACUAAACCUGGACUAAACCAGAGCUAUAACAGGACCAAGUCAUUUGCUAUCAUUAGCCAAUAUAGAUGAUUCUAAACAUUCUUACAUUAGCACUAACCACUCUGCCACUGUGCAUCAUGAAAACCUUUUUUUUGUUUUGUUUUUUUGGUUGUUGUUUUUUUUAAAACCUGGUCAUAAAGUUCUGGCUGGUCAAUGCAAACCGUUACUCUUCCUCUAUUUUCAAUACAAUGCAGUACUAUAGGAACUCAAGAGUAUGUUUUAUCACUGCCUAAGUACCUCACUCACACUCAUACACAAAUACCUCCUCAUGUACCCUCAACAGACCACUUACAAGAUGUUUUUUCCCUAAGAUUUGUCACUUUAAAAAACUUACAAGGACUGAAAAUAGUUUUUGUAAGCCUGUUCACAAGGCUACGGGGACUUUACAGAUUUACAGAUCCUGAAUUGGUUGAAUUGAAGUGAAUGAAGCUAUUUCAGAGCAGAGCAACACAGUUGCUGAAUGAUGCUAUGAAGAAGAGCAGUGUAGUGUAAUGGAAGCUCUCACAUCACAGAGGUCUGGGGGG